GUCAUGACGCUCGUUACGUGCGAGACAUGGCUGUGGCGGAGCUGCAGCCUGUAGCCUAGCACUAAACAAACACUUGUGGCUGUUUUACCACAAAUCUGACCAAAAUGAAACCUCUAGACUCGGAUGAAGAGGAGGCAGAGCAGCUCGGGGCUUUUCAGAAGGACGUCCGGAAGCAAGCCAAUCAGAGCAUCCAGGAGCUCAGCAGUGCUCUGGAACAGCCCAGUCCCUUUGCUGAAGCGGAGCAGGAGGCGGCCGUCAGGGGCAGUGACGCUGGCGCCUUCGUCCUACGUGAUGCUAAUCCAGAGUGGAGCCAGAAAACACAGAGUGAAGCAGUGAACCAGCUAAAAAUCCUUCUCCUGAAGCAAAGCAAAGAGAUCCCUGCUGCUUUUUCUCCUCCAAAGAGACUCUCUCCAACCAGGAGAACACCACAAGAGGGGAGGUCCGGUUUACACACGGUUCAAGAUUUGGUCCCAAUGAUCCACAACCAGUCAGACUAUAUUCAGCACCUGGAAGCAGAGGUGAAGCUCUGCAAAGAAGAGCUUCAGGGGAUGAAACAGCGCGUUAUGGUGGUCGUACUGGAGAACGAAAAGUUACAGUCGCAACUCAAAUCCAGAACAACAGAGGAGACGCUCAGAGACUUCACGAUUCACACGACGGUAAAUGAAGGCGUCUCAGCAAAUGGACAACUGUCUUCCAAAAAAUGGGAAAAUGAGAUGGAACAACUAAAGAUCAUCUAUGCAGCUCAAAUUGAAAGCUUGGAGGCGCAGGUUCGCUCUCUCAGAAAAGAGUUGGCAGCGUCUCAAAAAGAAUCCGAGGAAGUCCGAGUUCGCCUGAGACACAAGGAAAAGCAGUUAGCCCACGCCACCAGAGCUGACGCGGCGCCCCCGGUGUCAGGCCUGUGUCUGAAGUGCGCCCAGCAUGACGCGGUCCUGGCCGGGACGCACACAAACGUACACGUCCAAGCGAUCGAACGACUGACGAAGGAACGGGACGAGCUGCUGCUGGCUCUGCAGACGGUACGAGCGAGCCAGCAGGAGGCGCAACAGAGGGAGUGGUCCGCGUGUCUUCAGGUCAAACAGGCUGUGGAGAUGGCGGAAGAAGCAAAUCUCCAUAAAGCAAAGAUGGAGGUGCAGUGUGAACAGUUGUCUCGAGAGUUGGGGCGGCAGAGGGAGCAACUGGAAAGAGACCGACAAGGCCUAAAGCAGAGACUGAGUGGAGCUCGAGAAGAAGGCAGAGCUGAGUCCCACAAACAGAAAGAGGAGCUCACGAAAAGAGUUUCUAAUCUAACCCAACGCCUCGCCGCUUUGGAAACGGAGCUGGACCGAACAAGUCGAGAUAAAACCUCAUUGUCCAAUCAGCUGGACGACGCUGUUCGCAAACUCACUACUCAAGAGGAAGACAGCACCAGGCUGAAUGUGGAUCUGCGAUACCAGCUAAGCCAAGCCCUGCUGAAGAAAGAGGAGGCAGAGCGAGAACUCCGAGAUCUCAGUGCUAAAACCCACCGGCAGAUCGAGAAAGCAGCACAGGAAGUGGAAAGGUUGAACUCGGAGCUGGUUGGCUGCCGGCAGCACCUGGAGGCGGUCCAAAGGGACGGGAGCCAAUGGCAGGCCGAAGCCCUGAGCCUAGCAGAACAGCUGGCAAAUGCCCAGCGCCAACUGCACCUCACCAGACAGGAAAAGGAAAGUGCAGAGCGAGCGAACGAGGAGCGAGCGGCGUCUGCGAACGUGGAGGCGCAGGAGAGAGAGCAGAGGCUCGCCACAGAGAUGGAGAAGAAGGAGGCGGAGCACCAGAGGACGGUGGCAGAGUUGGACGGCCUGCUGAGCUCCCAAAACUCCCUGAUAAGGAAACUGAAGGAGGAAUGCGGCACUCUGGGAGCCCUGCUGGAGGAACGCUCUGAAAACAGCAGGAGUGAAGUGGAGCAGUUGUCUUUGGAGCGGCGCCACCUUUCGGACACAGUGAAGAGUCUGAGAGCACGCUGUGUCGUCCUGGAGCGGCAGUGUGUGCAGCACGGACUCAUGCACCAACGGAUGAAGGACAGGCUGCAGCAGUUGGACCGUCACUGUCAAAGCAGCGCUCAGCAGGUGUGUGAGCUGCUGGCCAAACAGAACCAGCUGAUGCACGAGAGGAACGCGCUCGCGGAGGAGACGCUCGGCCGACGCGGCGAGGUUCCCAGCGUGAGACGAGUGGACGCUCUGAUCACGUGACCGCAGGAUCACGUGACCGUCCACACUUGACCUUCUACGAGUCGGACUGUUGAACGUAUCUGUCCCCCUAAUGGACACAAUGUGAAAUGGACUUGAAAACUGUGAGAUUUUAUAGUUUAAUUCAGGUUUUUACUUCGGGAUCCACCGAUUUAACCAAAGUAUCGAUAAAGAUUUGAGUAUCUGCUGAUCCCCGAUACCAACCGAUACCAGAGAGUAGUGAAAAUAUAAUAGUAAAAAUGAUCGUGAUGUGUUUUGUAAUCGCAGAACAGCUUUGGAAAAAUACAAGUUUAACAUCAUGAGACGUUUUGGACCAACACUGUUCAGUAAAUCGUCUUAUCACCGAUUUAUCGACCAAAAUGAGAUAUCGACUGAACCGGAAAUGUUCAAUACAAAAACAAACACGUGGAUUAUUCUUCAGCCGUUUUGUUUCUUGAGGCUUUUUUUUCACUCAAGUUUUUAUAAAAUAAUACAAUAGAAAAAGAGAUAUAAGAUUUGAGCUGUAGGAGGCUGGAAAAAUCACUUCUAUGAUUCUUUAUAGACACAAACUAAAGCUAAAGUCUUAUUCUGCUGUUUAUCUUGUGCACAUAGACUGUAUAUACAAGAGGACGUAGCUAAACUGCUAACCCCUCGACUCUGACUGUACCUGCUGCUUCAGACUCGUCAUUUUGAUCUUAAAUGUUCGUAUUAACCCGCUCUACAUGAUCCUGGGUUCAUUUUUUAAAUUUUUUUAUUUGAGUUUUUUUUUUUUGUGGGUUAUUUUUAGUUUAUUAAUACAAAUGUUUUGUUUAUUUUCUUCAUUUUUUUGUUAUUUUGAGGUUUUUUUUGUUGAGUUUAUUUUGAGUCAUUUUUUGUUUUGUUUUUUUAAGUUAUAUUUAGUUUAUCAAUACAUUUUUUGUUUAUUUUCUUCAUUUUUUUAGUUAUUUUAAGUUUGUUUUUUAGUUAUUUUGAGUUUUUGUUGUUUUUUUUCUUAAUUAUUUUGAGUUGAUUUAUUUUAUGAUUUGUUAUAUUCAGGGUUUUUUUAAGUUAUUUUGAGAUUUUUUUUUUUUUUUUUUUGAGUUAUUUUGAAGUUUUAUUUUGUCUAUAUAUUUUUUAUUUUUAUCUGUCCCCUCUCUCUGUCUCUGCUGCUUCAGACUCAUUUUGGUCUUAAAUGUUCGUAUUAACCCUCUACAUGAUCCUGGGGUUUUUAUUUCACUUUUGUGUCUGUAAAUCAAGAUAUGAACAUUAAAAACAGACAAAUCCGGCGCCUUCUCUCGCCCGCUCUCUGCUAAACCAGCGAUCUGGACGGGAGGGGUCGUUACCUUCAACAUCCUCACUCCUGAUUGGCUCUUUGGUCGCUAUGAUACUCACGGUCAGAAUUCCUAAUAUGGAAAUCGACUCCAAAU